AUGGUUCUGGACGCUCGUGAAGUGAAGCCUGGCGAUGUGGAAUUUCUUGAAAAGCUUAAAGAGUCGAAGAACUCUGUGGUUUUCACGGCCGAAGUCCAUGGGACGAUAUGUGUAAUGAAGGUGUUCCGUGAUAGAGGUCCCUCUCAAUGGGAUCCCCCCGACCGAGAAGUGAACCUUUUUGUGCGCGAAUCCACUGCCUAUGCGCGACUGAAAGCGAAAGGCUUAUGCGAGCGAGGGGUCAUUCCGGACUUCUACGGAAUAAUAACCAACAUACAACCGGCUAGCUGGCCCGGUCUGGAUAUGUUUCUUGACGACAAGUUGCCUCCAAAUGCUAUCCUUAUUGAGUAUGUCCCGAACGUGCAACAAAUAGACCUUUCCAAUUUCUCAUUGCGAUACCUGCGCCAACUUCGUCACAUACUCGACGAGAUUCACGAUGCGGGGGUUCUCCAUGGUGAUCCUUACCCAAGGAAUAUGAUGAUCUCUGCGGAUCAGUGCAAGGCCCUGUGGAUAGAUUUCGAUUCUGCACACACGUUCUCCCAGAGUCUUUCGACAAGACAGGAAAUCUGGUUUAAAGAGUAUAUGAUCACAACGUAA